AUGGCUGUGCGAGUCGCCUUGGUGGUGCGCUGUGAACUGCGAGGCGGUGAGGGCACAACGCACAACUAUCCGCCACCGCCGCCGCCGAUGCAGCCGCAGCCGCAGCCGCAGCCGACUGGCGUUCGCGAGGCCACCGGGCGCGCACGUGACUGUCACGUGAGCUCGCACGACGGCUUGCGGGUGUGGGUUGUGUGGCAGGCGCGUGCGCGCAGUCGGGGCUACGGCGUCAAAACAACGGGUUAUGCAAUUCACUCAAUUGUGCAGUUAAAAUAUUAUUAA